AUGACGACGACAUUGGACAGCAAAAAGACUGCGCUCAUUGUGCUCGACAUCCAACCGACGAUCAUCUCGAUGAUCCCGGGAUCGGAAGUGGUGAUCCCGCACAUCGUCAAGCUUGUCGAUGCAGCCCGUGCAAAGGGCGUCCAGAUCAUUUGGGUCACUGUCGGCUUCAACGAGGAGGACUGGGCCGGUGUCAGUCCCCACAACAAGGCCUUCUCUGGCGCCAAGGCGGCCAUGGGCGAGUCGCUGCCGGAGCCAUUCAAGGCAGGAGGUGCCGGUGCCAGCCUGGUGCCCGAGCUCAAGGCGCAAAAGGGCGACGUUGAACUGCGCAAGAAUCGCUUUGGGCCCUUCUCGUCGACGGAUCUGCACGAGCAGCUGACCAAGCGCGGCAUCGACAGCAUCGUCGUGGCGGGUGUGAAGACGUCAGGAUGCGUCCUCUCGACUGUGAGGUAUGCAGCAGACCACGACUUCAAGAUCGUCGUUGCUUCCGACUGCGUCAAGGACAAGGACCAGGCCAUCGACGACGUUCUCAUUGGGAAGGUCUUCCCCGAGCAAGCCCACGUCAUUACGUCUGACGAGGUCGCCGGCCUGUUCCAGUAA